UGGCUGUUCAUCAUGGGUCUUUUGAUAUAUUUUGCGAUUAUUGGUAUCCAAUUUACAAGUACCUUAGUAACAGGAUCGAUACCGUUGAAAUGUUUUCUCCAGAACCGUAAUUUUUUGAACGUAUUCAGUGAAAAUGCGAAUGUUACAUCUAAUGCUCGCUUUAAUACUCUGAAGGAGGACGCAAUUACUUUGGACAAGGAUGGUUGGUUCUUAGAUACAACAAAUUUAGAGUAUCAAGGACUAGACGACGCAAUUUUAGAAGAGUUUGGAUUUAAUUUAGUCACUAACGUUGCGCAAGUAUCUCUUCGUACAGAUAUGGUGAUCACGCAUCCCUACAAGACGAGUGGAUCAUUAUUUUCAUUACCAAUUGCUGGUGAAGGUUCCUUUCAAGUAAACCUCAAGAAUAUUCAAAUUGGUUUGCUAAUUCCGUUUGAUAUUAAAGAAGCGGAUGGAAAAAAAAAUAUAGAAUUGAAGGGAUUUGAUUACUGGUAUGAUGUAAGAGAAAAGGCUGAAUUUAAUUUAUCGAAUCUUUACUAUGGAAAUAAGGAAUUAAGUGACUCGAUGCAUCUUCUUAUUAAUCAGAAUUGGAAAUAUUUAACGGUGCAAUUUGGAAAGAUUUUUAUAGAUCCGAUCGCCGAUAGUAUUUAUAAAAAGUUAAGAAACUACAUGCAGUCGAUGCCUUUGAUAGAUUACAAUACUUGUUAGGUUAAAUAAAGUAUUCU